AUGGGUAAUCAGCUGUCAUUUGGUGGUAAAAAUAUAGUUUUUUCAGGAGACUUCCGACAGAUCCCACCUGUUAUUAAAUACGGUUCAAAAGCUGAGAUUCUAAGUAGUAGUAUCAAAUUUUCGGAGGUUUGGAAACAUCUGGAAAUUUUACAUCUUUCAGUUUCCCAACGAUCUAUCAAUGAUCCGAGUUAUUCUGAAUUUUUAUUAAAGGUAGGCGAAGGGAAAAUUCAAGAAACUCUGUGUAAGGAUGAAACACUGAUAUGUCUCAAUUUUCCGAAUUUAAAGAUUUUUCAUUCAAUCGAGGACGUUAUAGAUUUCAUAUAUCCUCAGGAUGAUCUUCAAAAUUUUUGUGAGUUGUCAAAAAGGUGUAUUCUAUCCCCUACCAAUAAAAAUAUAAACCAAAUAAAUCGUGUUAUUAUAAAAGAAAGAAUUCCUGGUGAGGAAAUCUAUUUGUAUAGUGCGGAUACGGCGAUAAUUGAGGAGAAAGGUAGAGAAAGUAUUGUGAAUCCAGAUUCUACUUAUUUAUGUGCAGAUUUUUUGAAUAAACUGAAUGAGCCUGGGGUGCCUGAGCAUAAAAUAACUGUCAAAAUCGGAGCGAUAUGUAUUCUUCUGAGGAACUUGAACUUUGAAGAGGGGUUAGUAAAUGGGACUAAAGUUGUGAUAAAAACGGUUAAAAAGUUUAUAAUUGAGGUUUGUCUUCCAGAAAAUGAAAAUAAAACAUUUCUCAUUCCUCGAAUUAGUUUUAAGUUUUCUGCUGGUGAUACAGGUGUCCAAAUUUUAAGAAGGCAAUUCCCCAUAAAGUUGGCCUAUGCAUUAACGAUUAAUAAAGCUCAGGGCCAGACUCUAAAUCUGGCUGCCAUUGAUUUACGAGACCAUGUUUUCGCACAUGGACAGCUCUAUGUUGCCCUGAGUAGGGUGAGAAGUUCAAAGAACAUUUGUAUACUCACCUCUCAGAGCAAAGUUUCUGAGGAUAAUGGCAUUUAUACGGCAAAUCCAGUAUUCCAUGAAUUAUUAUUAACUUGAGUCAAACUUUUAUUUCGAAAUUACA